AUGCUCCUUCCGAUAAUCGCUUUUCGCGUCAUCGGCCACUGUGUGGCGAGCGUCGCUCGCGAGGUACGGAGAGCUCCGGCUUGUCCACCACAGAGAUAAGAAUAGUAGAGAAGCCCAUCAUUAACGAGACGGAGAAUUUCAGGGUUCGCACAAGGGAAUGCCAGUGGGGUCGGAAGCGAGAGCUGCCCAUAGAAAUAGGAUUUUGUAGGAGGUGAAGCUGAGGUGAGAAGCAGGGCUGAAUUUCCACUCAAGGCUGCCUAAUGCAAAACACCCUUCAGCUUAAUCAUUCAUUUGCUUCCUCAAAUCAACCUGUCGGGACAGCUCCAAUAUGCAGUCGCAUGCAAAAGGAUUGUUUUUAAAACUCUCAUUACUAAAAUAAAUAUAUUUAACAAUAUAUACAAAAAAUCGCGACGUGAACAAGGAAGAGUAUGACGUUCUGACUUUUCUACCUUGUUUGAGGAGAGCUCUAACUAUAUUAAAAUUGUGGAUUUCUCCAUUGUUAGAGGGAGAAAACAUUUACAAUUAACCCGGAAAUUUCUUCCUAGUAAACUCCAGUUUUACAAAUAUACGAUCCAGAUCAACUUUAGAACGGAAAUGUCAGUUAACUUCUUUGAAUCCUGCGACUUGCAGACUUGUGAGUCCCAAUCAAGAAGGUUCUGUUUAUAAGAGUUGCGUUUAUCCUCAGUUGGUAGUUCUAUGACACAAAGCAUACGUAUUUCGGCGGUGGAUUUUUUAUUUAUUUUUAUUUUACCAUCUUAGAAUCCCCAAGACGUCCAGCGCUACCGCUCUGCGCUCAGAGGAGAUCAUAGAUGCCGGGUUUCCUUUUUAUCCCCCCCACCCCGACCGGCAGUUGGACGCUAUGGGAAGAGGGGGUGGGUGUCCUCAGACGUCACCGGAACUACAACUCCCAUCAUCCCUCAUUAUUGGCUAGGCAGUCAUGGGGCUUGCUGGGAGUUGUAGUCCUACGACUUCAACGGGUUACAAAAGCUAUCCUUUCUGGAGACUCUUUCUCCGAGCGCACUUCUUCGGGCCACCCGCGAGCCCCUUUCCGAAUGAAGUCUCUGUAGGGGGACGCGGCUCUUUCCCUCCUUCGUGCCUUUUAUUUAUUGAUUGAUUUAGGCGCGACGUGCGUCAUGACGUUGAGACGCGCCGUCUUGUGUGUGUGUGUGUGUGUGUACGUACGGGAGUCACGGGCUCCUGCGUGAGGGGAGGCGGAGCCUGAGGAGAUCUUGAGGAGGAAAAAGAACAGGGGUUGCUUGUGAGGGGUGGGGGUGGGGGAAAGGUCUGCUCGAAUAGGAGACGGGCACCGGGUUGGGGUGGUGGGGGCUCCUUGCGCGCUUCUUUCCCUUCCCCCUCCGGCCCCCGGGUAGCGCAGGGGAGAGUGAGGGGGGCCGCUGCCUCAUUGGCCACUUCCACCUCUCCCCCCCGGCUCUUUCUGUGGGUCUGUCCCCCUCCCCCCGCAUCGACGUGCUGCUUGCCCCCCUCCCUGCGGAGGGGGUGUUGCUGGGCCUGCUGUUCUCCCCCCCCCCUCCUCACUGAUACCCGGCGAGGGGUGAGAGUGGGUCUGGCCUCAGCUGAAAGCCAGGAUCCUGGACCCCUCCGGUGUUCGAGGCCUGGAGCUGCCGGCUUCUGGGGGGGAGGGAACCCUCCGCCUCCCCCCCCCACUUCCUCGUCUCUGCCCCACAGGUAAGUAGUGUGUGUGCGCGCGCGCGCGCGUUCAUGUCGCCUGCUCUGGUGUCUGGCGAGGUGGGAAAAAGCCUCCUGCUCUUGGUGUAGGAGACCUCACCCCCCUUUGGACCUCAUAGCCAUGCAUGUAACCUAUAUUUAUUAUAUAUGAUACGUUAGCUUUAUUUCUAGUGGGUCACUUUUCCUGGUUGCGGUUGUAAUUGGCAAAAGCCAAGUACCGAAAGUCUAUGGGGAUUCGGGGUUUGGGAGGACCCUUGAAUUGUCAUUGAGGAAGAAAGGGGAGGAGUAAAUUGUGGUUUCUUUCUAUGCCAUCCUGCGUGUGUGUCUACUCAAAUGUAAGUCCCAAUAUCAAGAGUGUGGCUGGGAUUUUGGCAUGUGUGUGUGUGUGUGUGUGUGUUUGGAAAGGAGGUGAGGUUUGUGAGUUCUCUAAACCAUAAGGCUUGGCGUAAGCGUACUUAUUUGGGAAUAAGUCACACUGUGUGUACAUUUAUCUGAGAAUGGAAGAAGGUUUUUAUAUAGCAUCUCUUUGCCCUGCUACCACACGUGCACACAAAGACACAUCGAGCAGAGGAAUCUGGUUUCAACUGCAGAGAUGAGGUAUGGAGAGAGAGGAAAUAAGCAAGAAUCCACAAGAUACUUGCAAAAGAGCAUCAGGUAAGAAGUAGGCCACAGUUUAACACUGUGGUUCAAAGAACAGGAUGUCAGCACAGAUUAGGGUUGAUGUUAAAAUGAGAUAUUGAUUUACUAGAAGUAUAAAACAGGGUUUUAAUCCUGAUUUGGGAUUUUAUGGAGAAGUUGGUGCAGUUUUGGUGGCCAUGUUGGCUAAUGACAAAUUUCAGUGUGUAGUUGUGGAGUGUAGUUAGAGGUUAUGGUCAAGUUGAGUGACUUCUGCUGACAAGGAAUAUUGGGUGAAUGGGCUGUUUUUUAUGUGUUGCGGCUUGUAACUUGUGCUACCCUAUUAAUGUCAUUUUACUUGAGUUCUUGAUGUUUUGAAUUUAUGAGAAUUGCCUAUCAGGUAUUUUCAAGAGGGAAAGUGAACAAAGAGCUCCUUUUGCCCUGAGUUGUGAAGUGUGGAAAUACAUGCAAGGAAUUUAUCUAGCUUCCGUUCUUACUUUGCAAACAAAUUCUUCAUGGUUUGCCACAACAUUGUUGAUUAGAAGAUCAAAGCUGAGAGAUGCUGACCACAACUUAGUGAUAUUUGUGUUUCAUGCUUAUUUUCUGUUGAAUGGCUAAAAAGGCUAGUGGAAGUUCACUUUUGGAAUAAUGAAUUUUCAUAGAAUACUGUAUCUGUGCUCUCUCCACUCACAAAUCCCCCUGGAAUUCCCCCACAUUAACCCUUUAGAGCUUUUCAUUCCUACUCCAUGCAACUGUUAAGCUCACUUUUCAUUUUCCCAACCUCAUUUCAGAAGCCACCUCUCCUAUUCUGCAACCUUGCUUUGAAUGCCUGUUUUCACCUUCAUCCCCACAUCCAUGCCUCCCUCUCUCUUUUUGUGCAACCCCUGCACACAGACCACCCCCAUAGUAACCUCCUGUAUCUUCCUCCUCCAAAUACAUUGCGUCCACUAACCAUCCUUUUCACCUUCCAUCCAGUUAUGAUGAAGCCACCAUCCCCUCCUGGGAGAGCCUUUUAUUCCUUUGCUUUCAUCUUCAUCCCAACUCCCAUGCCACCUACUCCCUCCUUCUUUGCAACUUCCUCUGCCCCCAUUUUCAACUUCACCCCUUUUUCUUACCUCCUCCUUCCUAUUUUUUUCUAACUCUGCCUUGCACACAGACUACCCACCAAUUCCAUGCCUUCUCCUCUCUACUAUUCUGUAGCCUCUUUUGCACAUAUACCCCAUGCUGAUAUGCUACUAUAUUUUUAAGAGGAAUAGAAUUUUAAGAGCAAGUAUGCUAGUUAGCUUGUGUUGAUGGAUGUUGUACAUAUAUGGGUGUUUGCUUGUUAAUAAAAUAUAUUUUCUAAAUUACUACGUUGAAUCUGUAACUUCAUGGGACCAGAAAUACAUGGGACCAGACAACACAUGAGCAGAAAUGCAUUCUGUGAAGGUACUAUUGAAUAUUUGAGGGCUCCACGUUUUUAUCUCUUUCACAUGAGGCAGAUCUGAGGGAGAUGCUUAAAACAACCCUUUCACUUUUCUCCCCUUCUUCCUGUACUCAAACAAUGGCAGAAGUUUCAGUAAAGCAGGGGUGUAAGAACACUGAGGGUUGUUGUUGUUGUCUAAACCAAUUUUAACAAGGAGAAAUACAAGAGGUGGGUACAACACAUAAGCUAAUACCAAAAAGCUAACACAACAGAGCCUUCCCCAGCUCUUUUCUCACUCUACUCAAACUCUAUUUUCAACUGCCACUCCCCCCUUCAGUGCUGCAAAUUUGUGACUGUUAGUUGUGUGUUUUAAUUUAGGAACAAAAUUCAGUUUCAUGAUCAUAACAAGCUGAAAGAUGUUUCUGUCAGGGCAGAAGCAUAUAGGAUAAACAACUUAGCAAUGUUUUUGGGGGGAGGAAAAAUAGUAUUUUGAUUCUUGCAAUUCCUUGCCGUGUUAACAUUACAAUAUUAAAACAUUACAAAAAGGGUUGUCAUUCAGACUAUUUUCAGCCCAAGUAAAUGCUGAUGCAGACUUCCUCUAGAAACUGUAAAAUUGUGAAAUGAUUUAAUUAUCACCUUGGUAGAAAAUGACACUUAUAAAAUAACUCACAGAACACAUUUAACUUGAUGCCGAAAAGCAAAGAAGUGGUUAGCAACUGUAAAGUUUUUUGAUGUUAAAAAAAGAGAGGUCUGUAUAGCCAGAACCAUUAAACCAUUUAUUAGCUGAACAUUAUUGCUCCCACCCUCUAGUACUCUGCAUAACUUGCUACAUUGGUUGGUAUGUGAACUGAGCUAUGUUCAAGGUAUUGUAAUUGACAGAUAAAGGCUUGAACUACUCAGGGCCAGGUUACCUGAAAGAGCUGUUUGAUCUCUUAGCUAAUCAACCUGAAUCCCUAUUGGUGGUACUGGAUCCUAAAGAUUAUUUUACGGCAGGGGUGGAGAAUCUGCAGUCCAUGGACCUAUUCUGGGCCACCAAGCCUCUCAGUUUGGUCUUUGAGGUCAUUUCAAGUGAACCCUGCCCAACUGUUCUACACAUGAUGUUAUUUUGAUGUCAGGUGUGGGGUAUGUAAGGGAACGGUUUGGCCAAAAGCACCUUGGCAUACACCGCCAGUUGGCAGUGCCAGCAAUACCCCUAUUUUACAAUACAGUGGUACCUCAUGUUACAUACGCUUCAAGUUACAUACGCUUCAGGUUACAGACUCCACUAACCCAGAAAUAGUACCUCAGGUUAAGAACUUUGCUUCAGGAUGAGAACAGAAAUCGUGCUCCGGCGGCGCGGCGGCAGCAGGAGGCCCCAUUGGCUAAAGUGGUGCUUCAGGUUAAGAACAGUUUCAGGUUACGUACGGACCUCCAGAACAAAUUAAGUACUUAACCUGAGGUACCACUGUAGUUCCCAAGUUCCCAGCUACCAACUGGUUGUUGGGUGCUUGGUAGCUGCUGUACAGGGGCUUUGCCAGCCCUGUGUUUGGUGCUCAGGUGUCAAGCCUAGAGCUUGCAAAGACUUUGGGCUAAGCUUCCGGUUUUGGCACUUGACAGUCAUCUGCUAUCAUUAUGAAAUCAGAUGAUUUAUAGAUGGAUUGUCCCUCCCUUCUGUCAUAGUUGACUUGCAGGAAUGGAGGGUGAUAAAGAUUUGGCCUAUUCAGCCAAAAAGGUUCCUCACCAUUGUUGAGUGAUGAAUUGGGAGGGGGCAUUUUGUACGCUUGCUCCUGCCAUUUGGAAGGCCCUUCCCUGUUCAAUCUAUCAGUUAUCUGCUUGAAGUCACACCUUGUUCAGGCCUUUCCUGUCCCCUAAGGCUGGACUCUGUCUCUUUGUAUCUCUGUUACCUGUAUGUUUAUGAUAGUGUUCUUGUGUUUUAUUGUUUGUUUUUAUUGAUUAUAUACUGUCUUUUAUUGUAUAUGUGUACUCCGCUUCAAAUUUUUCUAACAUUAAGCAGUCUAUAAUUUUUUUUCCAAAUAAGAUAAAUAGUAUGGGGCACUUUUUUCCUUACCUGUACCAAGAACAACUCUCACUGAUAAUCUCCAUACAGCCUUGCCAGCUAAAUAGUGUUGGUGUUAUGAAAUUCUUGGCUUGCGAAGAGAGUAAUACUUAAAAUAAAAUAAACAGUUUCAGCUUAAUGUGUGCAGUGCUGAAGACUACCCAAAUCCAUGAAAGUUUCUGCUUAUCUUCAGUCUUAAUUGUUUAGGCAGCAGACGGGUUUCAAAAGUGUUAGGAACAGAGGAAUUUCAUAAUUCAACACACAUGUUCUUUCUGACCUUAAAAUAUCCAGAUGUUUCUGUUGUUCAUUUCAGCCCAUUUUUUUUAGUUUUCAAGAUUUGUUUUUUGCAAGAGCAACCUGCAACACAAUUUUGUAGUGUGGGGUGCUUCAGUACAACAUCACGGCUAUUCCAUUCUCCCCUACCCACCCCAGUAUAUAUGUAUGCAGUGCCAGUAUUCUAUGGCUACCAAGCAUAUUCAGCCCCCAUUGGGCUGUUCUGGAGAUUAAUUUCCUACUGAUGGUUUCCCCUCUAAAUAUUUGUUUUUAAUUUAUGAAAACCUUGGGGUUCUUUCAAGCCUGGUGAAACCUCCUCCUCCUCCUCUGCACGGAUAGUUCUGAAGGGCUGUCACUUAGCUAAUUUUGAUUGCUAUUAGUCUGUACAAAUGCAGUGUGGAGUAUGGACUGGGACUGUUGCUGUUCAGGGUUCCAGCCACUCUGUCCCAUUCUCCUCUCUGCCUCCCACAGGUCCCCCAUCUAACAGUCAGUAUUCUGAGCGGAGGUGGCAGACACACCUUUGUGCUAAAUCCCAGAUACGUUACAAUCUUGGAUUUCUGUGAACAGCUCUCACUUCUGUCCCUGGGGACACUUUAAAGUAGUUUAUGUGUGUGAACGAGGAAGUGACCUAUCAAGACAGUGAAAUGGCCUUGUCUGUCCAUUUUAUAUCUGUGUCUUUCUCUGGCCAUUGCAUUCCUGCUCCCACAUAGUUUAUAGUUGUUGUUUUUCAUGACAGUCAGUCAGCAUUUUGUGCCCAAUGGAUAGGUUUCAGAAUUACCUAAUUUGGUUUUCCAAAUGGGAUACCACCAGUAGGAAAUAAAGCUCCAAAAUUGUGUUGCAGGUUGCUCUUGCAAAAAACAAAUGGUUUCCCAUCUAAAUAGAUAGAUACGAGUCCUGUAAUCUUCAGGGUUAGCCAGUUUCUUCUUGUGCAUGGGUAGUGGUGUUUCAGCUACUUUGUGUGAGUACAAAAUACAGUGGUACCUCAGGUUAAGUACUUAAUUUGUUCCGGAGGUCCGUUCUUAACCUGAAACUGUUCUUAACCUGAAGCACCACUUUAGCUAAUGGGGCCUCCUGCUGCUGCCGUGCCGCCGGAGCACGAUUUCUGUUCUCAUCCUGAAGCAAAGUUCUUAACUCAAGGUACUAUUUCUGGGUUAGCGGAGUCUGUAACCUGAAGCGUAUGUAACCUGAAGCGUAUGUAACCUGAGGUACCCCUGUACUUAAAUAUAGUUGAUAUGAUGGGGAGAGAGAUGGAGGUAGACAGAAACAUACAUAUGCAAACCUGCUGAGAAAGUAAAAUGUGGAGGUGCUGAUCCUGUACAUGCAUGUAGCAGCUUCUUUGAAUUGUGGCUUUAGUUGGUUCGGAUAGGAAUACAUAUAUAAAACCAGACUUUCAUUUGCAUUUCAAUCAUCUAUAACAGAAAGCUGUUGAUAUUCUGCAUUGGUGUCUGGAGGCGGUAAUGGGCAGGAUAAGGGCUAAUAAAUUGAAACUUAAUCUAGACAAGACAAAGGGGUUGUGGAAUAGGGGUUCAUCCUGUUCCAAAUGGGACAGUACUCUGCUUGAAGAAUCACGUUCACAAUUUGGGUGGGUUGUGUGCUUCUGAACUCUGCUUUGUACCUGGGUGCUCAAAGAGCAGUUGUAGCCAGGAGUGCCUUUGUCCUGCUUAGCUGGUGUGACAGCUGUGUCCAUUUCUACGAGGUCGGACCUGGUCAUGGUGACCAUGUAGACAUAGUUGCAUCCAGAUUGGAUUAUUGAAGCAUGCUCUGUGUGGGGCUACCUUUCCAAAGUUUUUUGAAACUAAUUGGUCCAGUAUGCUGGCUUAUGGGAUGAUGUUACACGUGUCCUGCCAGGCUGCACUGACUACUGAUUUGUUUCAAAGUAUAAAUCAAAGUGUUGGUGCCUUAAGACCAGGGACAGCCCCCUCCUGUAUCUUCCUGCCCUCACCUUAAGAUAUUACUGAGAUGCUCUUCUCUAUGUCCCAACUGUAAGAACAGAAGGAAAGCCUGCCAAAGGCCCGUCUAGUUCAGCACCUUGUCACGGUGAGCUGCCUUGGAGAAACCCACAAACAGGACCCAAGGACAAGAGCACUCUCCCCUUCUGUGGUUUUUGGCCACUGGUAUUCCAUAGCAUAUUGCUUGUGACCACAGAGGUAAAGCAUAGCCAUUAUGGCUAAUAGCUACUUAUCUUCCAUGAAUUUGUACAAUCCUCUUCUAAAGCCAUCCAAGUUGGUGCCCAGCUACAGUAUGAUGCAGGCAUGGUUGCUAGGGUCUAGAUAAACAUCCUUCUCUGCAGCUACACCUAAAUUUUUUAACACUUGGAUGCUUCCCCCCUUUUUUUACAGUGUUUCACUAUAUGGCAAAAACCUUUUUGUUUAGGCAGGUAUUGUUUUAUCAUUUGGGUAGACUAGUAUCAAUCUCUAUUUUAGCUGCUACAACUUAGCUCUCUUUUAAUUAUAUUGUGUUAAUGUUUUAAAAAGAAUUGUAUUUCAUUCUGGGUUUUAAUUGUUAGCUGCUCUGAAUGGUGCAUAGGCGCCAUUAGGGUGGGAAAUUUAUGUUUUAUUGUAUUUGUAAAAUGUAUCUGCUUUUCACUACUAGUAGGCCCAAAGUGUGUACAAUGUCAAUAAAACAACAAAAUUCAUAGUAAUGUAUCAAUAAGACACACCAAGGUAAACACAAUCAGCAUAUGCAUGUAACAGUGUAGCAACCUACAAUGAUGUUUACUGUACACUUCCUGAUUUAAGUUCGACAAAUGAGCAAGUCCAGAGGAUACCUGUCUUCCAUAGCGUUUCAUUUUAUUGUUGAAUCAAUUUGAUUUUGGGUAAAUCUUAACUUGGUCUUCUAAUGUUGGUGGGCAUUGAAUUUUCAACAAAUCCUGUGAAUUGUCUAUUUCAGGCAUUGAUGGCAUGUGAUGGACUGUUAAUACUGAUUAGUUUCCUUGAAUUUAUUUUUUCUGCUGGUUCUGAUUUUAAUUUUUAUGGGUGCAUGCUUUUAGCGUUCUAUGGAUUUGCUCACUUUUCCUAUGGUUUUAAACUUCAUUUUUUUAUAAUCAUACAUAUAGUCACUCAGGUUAUUUUGAGAACGGUGACUAAAAUGUAAUAAACAAUAUAUAAUCAUUAUGACAACACAGUAGUAAGUGGGCUUCAGCUUUUUACUUCUCUAGAGGAGAGUGGCAUUUACUUCACAAAUAUAUUUCAUCUUUAUUAAAGUUUAUCACCUCUGUUGGACCCCCACCUUGUGAUCCCUACAGUCAUAUCUGUCCAGACAGGUUUCUUUUAUUAUUUUAGUAUAUGAUUUAAGAUCAAGAAGAGGUUAAAACAACAACAGCUUUAUUGUGUCAGUACAGCCAACAUAAUGCUUCUCUGCUGCAUGGUAAUUUGGAGGUCUGAGAAAGGGACUGUGGUUUGCAGAGCUAUAAUAAUACAGCAAAAGCUACAACAUUGCAUUGUUGGCUAUUCAUGAACAGUAGUCAAGUAAUUCCUAUAGUAAUCUUCACCCAUACUUCUUCAUGAAGAAGCUGAUGGGAAAGGAUGUGGCUGACCUGUAACUAAUUUUCAGUGGCUUAUUAUAUUUAACAUUUGGGACAUGGCAAUUUUCUUUCUUUAUGCCUGUAAUCAUAGUCCUUUCUGAACUGUUUAUUCUCUUCAUUGCUGUAAUUUAUGUGUUUGUUUUUCAUAUAGGCAAUAGAAGGGUUCUAAUGGGAGAACCAUUCUUCUGA